AUGGGUGAUGCGGCGAAGCUAAGCAAACUUAAUGUGGAUGAUAAUGAGGAUUUGAAAAUUAACUGUGGCAAGACGCGUCGGCAAUGGCUUGCUUCACCAUAUAAAAUCUCGGCUGGAUCAGCUGCAAAAGGAGGUCAAUUCCCAUGGGCUGUAGCAUUAACGGUCAUCAAUGAGGAACAAAAUUACUGUGGUGGAUCGAUCAUCUCAAAACGACACAUUCUUACCGCAGCACAUUGCGUCCUGAAAUUCGAAAAUUAUCAAUUACCCUGCACAUUUGCUACAAAUCUGGAUGACAUAACUCAAAUUGCAAUACGAUAUGGCGGAGUAUGCUUACGAAGCCAUUCUCCAGCAUGUGAUGGACCGUUAUGCAUGACAGCUAGAAUUCGUAAAAUUGCUAUCCACAAAAGUUUCCUGGAUGGAGGUUGUCUAGAUGGGCAUGAUUUCGCAAUCGUUGAAAUGGAAACUGAUUUGAUGUUUGGUACAGCCACUUCUGCAAUAUGCUUACCCAAUUCAACUUUCAAUCUAGACUCUGCUGAGAAUCUUGUUGAUUAUGGAUUUGGUGAGAAUGAACAUGGAGAAAAAAUGUCGAGGUUGAAUUAUGGAAGUGCAAAAAUUACUGGCGUUGCAAAAGAGAAAGAUUUCAUUCAAGCUGGGCCAAUUUAUAAGUCAGAAAAUAAAACCGUUCAUCAUGGCAUUUGUUUUGGUGAUAGUGGAGCGGGAUUGCAGGGAUUUUUUAAACAACGGGUUUUUCUUCUUGGUAUACAUUCGUUUGGUCCAAAAAUUUGUUAUGAGGGAUCACCCUUUACAGGAUCUUAUAAACAACGGGUUUUUCUUCUUGGUAUACAUUCGUAUGGUUUAAACAAUUGUGAUGGGGGAUCACCCUUUAUGGUGACCGAUACUCGGCCACUGUUCAAUUCAUUGAAAAUGAAACGGGAUAAGAAAGAUGAAGAAAAUGGUAACGGUAAUCCACUCGGCAAUCUCGAUAAAACAGCCGUUUUGCAGGAGGCCCGUGCUUUCAAUGAAACACCGACAAAUGCACAGAGAUGUAGUCUGAUCUUGAGUAAAUUGCUGUAUUUACGACAACAAGAUGAAAUAAUCGGCCCUACUGAUGCAACGGAGGCUUUUUUUGCUGUAGCAAAAUUAUGGCAAAUAUAUUUUAGCUUUACAAAGGAUAUGACUGGUCGAGAAGAUAUCUGUCGUGCAACAGCUAUCCGAUCGUCGUGCUGCAUAACCGAUGGAAGUAUGUUGCAGGCUAUUGAACGUUAUAUGAAGCAGGCAAUUGUUGAUAAAAAUUCAGCAGUUGCAUCGGCAGCCUUUGUUUCAUCAUUUCACCUGCUUCGGAAGAAUCCGGAAGUGGUACGUCGUUGGGCAAAUGAAGUACAGGAAGCUAUUUCAUCGGAUAGGUUUACUUAUUUGCGUGUUUGUUUGUCACUGGUGUGA